AUGGAGCCACCUGUAUGGACGGAGUCAACUCCUUCAGCUGUGUGUGUCUGCCCAGCUAUGCAGGACAGCUCUGUGAACAAGACACAGAGGUGUGUGAGUAUGGCUGGCAGAAGUUUGAGAGCCAUUGUUAUAAGUACAUCACCCACCGUCGGACCUGGGACGCCGCCGAGAGAGACCAAGGAGUGUCCAAGGCCCACCUAGCCAGUGUCCUGUCACAGGAGGAGCAGCUGUAUGUCAACCGUCUGGGCCAUGACUACCAGUGGAUCGGUCUGAACGACAAGAUGUAUGAGAGAGACUUCCGCUGGACAGACGGCAGCAUCAUGCAAUAUGAGCACUGGCGUCCCAACCAGCCAGACAGUUUCUUCCAGUCUGGAGAGGACUGCGUGGUGAUGAUCUGGCACGAGGGAGGACAGUGGAACGAUGUACCCUGCAACUACCACCUCACCUUCACCUGCAAGAAGGGCACAGUCUCUUGCAGCCAGCCCCCAGUAGUGAAGGAUGCCUGUGUGUUUGGUUCUAUGAAGCCUCGUUAUGAGAUCAACACUCUGGUUCGUUACCACUGUAAAAACGGCUUCAUACAGAGACAUGUCCCCACUAUCCGCUGCCGUGACAACGGCCAAUGGGACAGCCCAAAGAUCACCUGCAUGAGCCGUGAGUACCGUCCACUUCCGCUGUCUCAAUGA